UUAAGCGAAACUGCGACGCAAAAAGGCGGAACAAAUUCAUUUCAUAGAAGAACAUAUAUAAAAACGUUUUUCCUUUACGCACAGCAAAAACAAAGUAUUCAAAUUUGUUCAAUUUAAAUAUUUGCAAAUAAAUACAAACAGAAAGUGUACAUACCAAACGAUAACUGUGCAACUAAAAUCGAAGGACCUGUGAAGCGGUGUUGUUGUGUGCAGUCACCUACGUAAAAAGGAUACUCUUGCGGGCAUUUUUCCAGCUUCCACUGCGUAGAAGAAGUCCUGGGAAAACACACACGCGCCCACAUUUAAUUAGUCUCCCUCCACCUCCACUGAAUCUUUGAUUCGUCGAAAGUCCGGGGACCAGACGCUAAUUAAUCCUGGGACUUGCUGGCCACCGCAGCUCAUAAGCGGAAACGGAAACGGGGGAAAGCAAAAAAUCCAGCAGCAGCCGGAGAUGCAUUAACCAGGAAGAGACGCCGCUCGUAAAUAAUUGAAGAGACAAGCCAAUGAAAAUGGUAAAUUGAAGAUUGCGUAUAUAUACAUUGCGAAAUUGAACAUUUUAAUCGCUGGCAAAAAUCAUGUCAAAUCUCCUCAACAUGGACAAAUCGAAUGGCAAUGGCGUCUAUGCGGUCAAGCCGAACAUGGACAACGAUAAUGCCCUAAUGGGAGCAUCGGGUGCCACCACAACUAUGACAUCAGCAGGUGCAGGUGCAAACGCAGGUGCAGUCACUGCAAACAACAUAAACAUAAUGAACGGAGCAGCUGCUGCAGCCGCAGCUUCCGCUUCCGGCCUGCCCACUUCCGCCUCCAGCGAGGACCUCAGCCAAAGCCUGUCCGAAUACACAGAUGCCGACGAGAGCAUAUCCGCGCCCACAGAGUUUCUGGCCGAGUUCCUGUCCGCCGUGAUGCUGAAGGACUACAAAAAGGCAUUGAAAUACUGCAAAUUGAUUCUCCAAUACGAACCUAAUAAUGGCACGGCCAAAGAGUUCUAUCCGCUCAUCCUGGAUAAGCUGCGGGCCGUGGCCACAUCCAGCGACAGCGAUGAGAAUUACAAUAAAUCUUCAUCGCCCGAACUGGCUCUGGACCUGCACGCCUCCGAUGUGGAGGCAGAUGUUGAUGGCGAUGGAGAUGCGGAUGUGGAUGCAGAUGCAGAUGGUGACAGCGAGAGCAGCAACAACUGUUCCGAGGAGGAUAAUGGAUGGGGUGACGACGAGAUAGACAACGUGGAUGUGAUGGAUGGCGAGGAGGAGAGCAGCAGCAGUGGCGAUGACUUUGAGCUACCCAUAGACGAUGCUGGGCAGGAUCCAGUGGCUCUGGCUGUCCACACUCCCCACUCACACACUCAUUCCCACUCUCACAACGAUUCAGGAUCCUCGAGGAAUUCAUCCAGUGGCGGCGGAGGACGCAGCGAUAACACCACACACUCAUAUUCCAGUUUGCUGUUGGAGGAGGAGGAUGACAUUGUCCCAGUUAGCCUUCAUUUUGGUCUCAAGGAUAAUGCAGCCACAGACCUGGAUGUGAGCAAUGGCAACAAAGUGCCCUCCGCCUCGUGCAGUGACUCGGAAUCGCCGACAGAACCGCUGACCCAGCGCCUGGCUGCCAUCCUGCGCUCCAAGUGCGGUGUAUCCGGCGGCGGUGGCGGGACCGAUGAGCCCUAUUAAAAAUAUAUAUACACAAAUAAUUAAUUUAACACUGUGCGGAUAUUAUAUUUGGAUUGCGAAACGCUUGCUGAAUGAAGAGGAUCAAUGACAUUUUCCGGUAUAGAAUAAUAGUUUGAUUUUCUACCUGGCCGCACAGUGUUGUCUCUACAUCUACAUCUAUAUAUUCUUGUAUAACUCUAUAAUGACCGUAAACUCCACCAGCCCUUGCCCGACUAGUCUCUCCACUAGUGCGAUCGCUUUACGAACCUAGAAACCGUCCCUGACAGCAUACUCUCGUAUCUCGUAACUUGUAACUUGUAAUUCGUACUCUGUAUCUUGUAUCUUGUAUCUUGUAUCUCCGAUAGCUAAGUUUUUGAUCGAACGCGAGUCUCCCUAGGACAAACAUAUCGUACAAACUCAAUAAGUACUUAUAUAUAUAUACAUCAAUACCUAUUUAUACCACAUACAUAUAUACUGUACAUGUUUAUCCUAGAUAUAUAGCCGCAGAGCCCAAUAAAGAUAUACUCGAUACCGUAAGACGCAUAUAGCGGAAAUCGCGAAACAGAAUCAAUAUAUAGAUUUACAUAGAUUUACACGUAUAUAUUUUUUAGCAAGAGACACCCAUUCAGAACGCACAGGACUCGGAAUGAUGCUUUACAUAUUUGCAUUUGAUAGAGAUCGAUUUUUCCCCACAAAAAGAGAACUAGAGAUGAUUGAGAGAGAGUUACGAUAUGGAUAAGUCUGACAACAGGUGGAACGAACUAAUGAGUGUAGAACUACAACUGAAAUGGUCCAAGUCACAAAACUACGUAGAUGAGUGUAAAUAGAUAUAUUUUGUAUCCGAUUAAGCCCAGUACUCUCGGUUCGGUUUAGGUUCUAUAAGUUAACGAGGAUAUAACUCUAAAAACUCCCCCUUAAUACUUAUUAUUCAGCAAAUAUAUUUGUAUCUGAUAAGUUUUUCCAACUAUAUUGUUGAAUUACAUUAUAAUCCGAAUGGUCUGUAUGUUUACGAAAGACAAAAAAUUGUAAUAAUAAA